UCGCGGCUCGGAUGGCCGAGGGUUGGCGAUGGUGCUCAGUGCGCCGAGCUCCGUGUUUGCUCCGGGGACCGUUACUUCUAGCUCAUUGCCCUGGAGCGGAGAGAGCCUUAGCUGGACCAAUUAUUGUGGAGCCACAUGUCACAGCAGUAUGGGGAAAGAAUGUUUCAUUGAAGUGUUUAAUUGAAGUAAAUGAAACCAUAACACAGAUUUCAUGGGAGAAGAUACAUGGCAAAAGUUCACAGACUGUUGCAGUUCAUCAUCCUCAGUAUGGAUUCUCUGUUCAAGGAGAAUAUCAGGGAAGAGUCUUGUUUAAAAACUAUUCUCUUAAUGAUGCAACAAUUACUCUACAUAACAUAGGAUUCUCUGAUUCUGGAAAAUACAUCUGCAAAGCUGUUACAUUCCCGCUUGGAAAUGCCCAGUCCUCUACAACUGUAACUGUGUUAGUUGAACCUACUGUGAGCCUGAUAAAAGGGCCAGAUUCUUUAAUUGAUGGAGGAAAUGAAACAGUAGCAGCCAUUUGUAUCGCAGCCACUGGAAAACCCGUUGCACAUAUUGACUGGGAAGGUGAUCUUGGUGAAAUGGAAUCCACUACAACUUCUUUUCCAAAUGAAACGGCAACAAUUGUCAGCCAGUACAAGCUAUUUCCAACCAGAUUUGCUAGAGGAAGGCGAAUUACUUGUGUUGUAAAACAUCCAGCCUUGGAAAAGGACAUCCGAUAUUCUUUCAUAUUAGACAUACAGUAUGCUCCUGAAGUUUCGGUAACAGGUUAUGAUGGAAAUUGGUUUGUAGGAAGAAAAGGUGUUAAUCUCAAAUGUAAUGCUGAUGCAAACCCACCACCAUUCAAAUCUGUGUGGAGCAGGUUGGAUGGACAAUGGCCUGAUGGUUUAUUAGCUUCAGACAAUACUCUUCAUUUUGUUCAUCCAUUGACUUUCAAUUAUUCUGGUGUUUAUAUCUGUAAAGUGACCAAUUCCCUUGGUCAAAGAAGUGAUCAAAAAGUCAUCUACAUUUCAGAUAUUCCAUUUAAGCAGACCUCUUCCAUAGCUGUAGCUGGAGCAGUAAUCGGAGCUGUUCUUGCUCUUUUCAUCAUUGCUAUCUUUGUGACUGUGCUGCUGACUCCUCGAAAAAAGAGACCAUCCUAUCUUGACAAAAUGAUUGACCUUCCACCCACACAUAAACCACCUCCUGUGUAUGAAGAACGAUCCCCACCUUUGCCUCAGAAAGACCUAUAUCAGCCUGAACACUUGCCUUUGCAGACUCAGUUCAAAGAAAGUGAAGCUGGCAGUCUUCAGCACUCUAAUGUACUAAAUAGCAGGAGUUUUGACUAUGAAGAUGAGAAUCCAGUUGGGGAAGAUGGCAGUCAGCAGACGUACCCUCUUUACAAUCAGAUGUGCUACCAAGACCGGAGCCCUAGCAAACAUCAUCAAAACGAUGCUAAGAGAAUCUACAUCAACCCACAAGAACAUUAUGUGUGAUUUUUCUCUUUUUCCAAUGAGCAUUCUAACAAAUGUUUAUUCUUAGAUUGGGGAGAGAGACUGAGGCCAAUAGUUAUUUAAUUGUCUCUCAUAUAGAACAGUCCCACUCUAAGGGUAUUGGAAGUCUUAAUGAACGACACAAAGCCAAUAGCAAAUUUCUUGUCUUCAUUAAGGGUUUCUUAACCACCAGCUGUGUUUGUGAACUUGACUCUAGCUUUGUGUGUUUCUGUGCCAAUGGUGUUUAACUACUAACAUUUGCCCUACAAUGGCAUUUUCAUUUAACAGUACAGCAUCUGCCUGUGAUAACUGCAGUGAUUCUCCAGAAAGAAAGGCCCCAGCUGGUACUAUUAACUUUGUUGGGUCUCAGGCAUGCUAGCCUGUUCAUCUGUAAUUCACACGGGCAUGAAAAUGAGUUCAGAAUCUAUUUCACUAAUUAUUUAGUUGGGAUUUGGAUUUCCCUGACAUAUUUAAUACAAUUACAAUACCUGAGGAAAGAGGCAAAGUUUGUUCUUCAUCCAAAUAGCAGCAAAAUGCAGUUGAAAACUUGGAGCCUGCUGGUUGCUUUUAAACCCUCAUGUUAUUAUGAUAUAUAUUCCUUGUUGAUCACUGAUGUCCCGAGGGAUACAUACCUCUUGCUGUUAUAUCUGCCUACUCUUGACUAGCUGUGUAUAACAAAGGUUCUUCUAUUGCUUUGUCAUUCUUCCUACAGUCCUGCUCUUUGCUAGCUAGAUUAGCCUAUUUUGCACCUAUUAAAUUCUAAAAACCUUGUUUAAAUGGUGUACAGCUUUUAACCUUGUUCUUCUUUCUCUAGUAUUUUACAUGACAGGCUCAGCUUUCACUUCUGAAAUUUCUUUCAAACCAAUCCCAGCCACAGUCUUUACCUCCCCCUCUGCAUUCUUCAGAUCACUUAUCAUCCAUGUUUUAUCUACCUCAGAAAAGCCUGCUGGAAAGUUACCAUGAAAUAACUUCUGCUCUUAAAAGCAGGUGAAAAUUUUGAAAACUUAAAAGGCACUUCAAUAUGGCAUGUUUGUUAAACCCACAUGUUCUUUAUCCCUUCUCCUGCUUUACCUGGUCACCGAGAGUCAAGAGGUGCUAAAAAGUAAACAUAAUGACUUAUCUACCAUGGUACCCUGUACACUGUAGUGCCUGUAAAUGUCUGUCUUGAGUUUUCUCAUCUCCCUUUGCUAACUUUCCUUCCCUGAGAUUGACAGUAGUAGUUACAAUGAGGUGAUUAAAGAGCAGAGGUGGAAGGAACACAGUUUCACAUGAAUGUCCAUCACUUCCUCACAUCUUAAGAAAAGCAUCUUACUGUGUGUUCUGGAAGAUUAGAGGUGUGUCAAAUAUAUAGAAAAUGCUACAAACUCUGCAUAUAUUAGGAAAGAGUGUAUAUUUGCAACCUAAACUUCAAGGGUAGAGGAGAAUGUUAGCACAGAUUUCUAAUGAGAUGCCAAAGAUACAUUACGAUUUAUAUUGUGCUGGCUCUAGUUCUUUGUCUGUUUCUUUCUUUUUUUUUUUUUUUUUUUUUUUAGUUGCCAUGCUUUAUCAAAUUAUCCAGGUAGUUUUACAGCAGAAAUAUUUUCUCCCCCAUUUACCUGAGUGACUAACAACUCUGGGAGAAAGGAUGCUUAAAUUCCAACUCAAUGCUUUAGCUAGGUAACUAGCAAUGUUAAAGUCUAUAGCUGUAAGGAUCAAAGGGUGAAUUCCAAGGAUGCUCAUUGCUACUGUGCUACCUCAGAGUAGGAGUUUACGGCCCUUUGUAGCAAAGAAUAUAUUCAACUUUAUUAUUUGGAAGACCAACACUGAAUUAGUGUAACUGAAGGUAUAGGAAUCCUGGCAAUUGUUUUCCAAUAGGAUGAUGGCUGUGAUCAGAGCUCUCCUUGACAAGGAAGUGUUUCAUAAACCCUGGAUGUUAUGGAGGCAAUAAUGUGGUGCACCAGCUCCUUUAGAAAGCUUUAGAAAUGUCAGUGCCUUACAUGUUGGCGAUAGUUUCCAGGGUCCUGCUGGCAAGUGAAUUGUUGAAUUAGUUUCACAAAAGCAUACCAUAGACCCAGGGGAGUGGCUGUCUUCAUUUGCAUAAGAGAAAGGAAUUUGGAAACACUGGUUCUCAGGAGCCCUGUGGCCUGUCUUCAGCGCCCUCCUUCUCAUGAGGAGCUUUCUGUCUACCUUUUAAAAUUCUCAGUGUAGUUAUGAAAAAGAAAUUGCAGGAUGUAGUCUCACCUCUCCUGAAGCCACUGAGUUCAAUAUCUACUUUGCCUUUGCGUCACCUGUGAUACUUCUUUAACUAACUGGUAGAUCAUAUAGCUCUUGGCCCUUUACACAGGUCACGUAAGUUCUAUAAGCUGAUCCUGGUGUCUUCCAUUUGUUCUCUCUAAAAACUGGGCUAAAUAGAAAGCAGCUUUAAAAGGGUUUGAUCAGCCAGCCCUCUCUUCAAAAGUUGCCAUCCAAAAUUAGCCUGUUGAUCUCUAAAUUUGGAGACUAGACUACUUGACAAUGCCAUUUAAAUUUGGAAAUUAGAUUCUUAAAGGUCAGUGAUUGAGGUUUAGGGUUAUAAUCCACAGCUGAUAUUAGAUACUCUUCCCAUAACUUGUUUACUAAAACACUGUGAAACAUAAAUCCCCAGAGUGCUUAUCUACUUAUGGUUGCAGCUUUGCAUUUCUGGGUGGGGUGUGCAUGCUCACCUUAAACACACAGCAUUUAUUGCCUACUUUGUAGGUAGCCCAAGCUCCAGGAGUGUGCAUUGUUGCUACAGUAGCAGAUCACAUUGUUCUUUGCACACCACACUAAGAACAGAGCAUGCACACCACCUACAAUUAGCUUGAUGUAAUGGUAUAAGAAGUCCAUGUUCUUUGGGGCAUGUAAUAUAGAAUUCUUACUGGGCCAGGCUUUUAUGUACAUAAUAGAUACUUAAGAAAUGUGCUGAAAACUAAAUGAACGGGUUUCCCCAUUACUUUCCUACGGCCUUGUUUACUUAUAGGGACAAGAUAGUUUCUUCAUCCUGUUAUUGCAAAUGAUUUCCUGGAACCCCUUUCACAGUAGUCUAAAAUUCACUAUUUGGUUUUCCAUUUAUCAUUCUUUUCCUGCACUAUACUGGUGUUCUGGCGCUAUUCUUUAUAUACAGUAGAGCUUUCUAUUAAGCCUCAUUCCCUGGAGUUUGGAAGGUAGACCAUUUACCAAGUAUCGAACGAACAGGUACUCCCAGCUUCACCUCUUUCUAGCCAUUGAAAUAGGCAAGUCACUUAACCUGUCUGGGGUAUCAUUUGCAACCUCUGAGAAUUGUGGUGAGAGUUGAAGAAGAUGAUAAUGAAUGGGAAAUUGGAGAAUUGUAAUUUUCCUUCAAACUGA